UCGGGCCGCGGCGUCCUCUGGGCCGUGUAGUUCCCGCGGCGCACGGAGGACUACACUUCCCAGCAACGCCGCCGCGCUUGCUGGCGGCCGGCCGGGGGAAGGCCGCGGGGUGCCCCGGCUUCGGCCCCGUGCCAUGGCGGGGAGGCCCGGGCCGGGAGGCCGGCGGGGAGCGGGGCUGCGUUGGUGGCCGCGGGAUUGCUGCGGCGGGCUGGGAGGCCUGGAGUACGGCGAGGUGGAUGUGAGAGCCAUGGCGUGGGUCUUCAGCUAUGUGGAUGUGACUGAUUCUGACUUCAUUGCAGCCGUCCUCUCUAUCGCCUUCAACCCAUUCUUCUGGAACGUGGUAGCAAGAUGGGAACACAAAACACGGGCACUCAGCCGAGGCUUCGGCUCUCCACGCACCGCCUGCUACUGCCUGGGCGCUGUUAUCCUGCUGCUCAACUGCGUGCGCAGCCACUGCCAGAUUUAUUCCAGGAUUUGGAGUUCUGCUGGCAAGCAGAGGGAUGAGAUGGGGUGGCUGUGUUCAGGAGAGCAAACCAUCAGCAUCAGCAGCCAUCAGACACCACAAGUUUUCUUGUCCCUCUCUCUCAGGGUUGUUUCCCCUGCCCUGUGUGCAGUCCAGGUGGCAGGAAGGCUGUUUGCUCAGCACGGAUCAUAUGUAACGGCAAAAUCUUUUCAUUUUCUCAUGGAAACCAUAAACAAAAUUAAACCUGUUUUUAAGAAGCUGCAGUUUCCUGAGCAGAAGAGUGGGAUUAUCUGUGCACUUAGCAAGCAGUCUCUUUAAACUCUCAUCUGUGAUCUGUUUAAAUACUACCUGUGCUAGCUAAUAGUGUUGUAUGACUGAUGCACUGUACACCAUGGGAAUACGCCUUUUGACGUUCUAAGUGCAGCAAAGAGGUUUACUGCAGAAGAUUUCCUCAAUGCCAGCAAUUUAUCUGUGAUCUGAUAGGCUUUAUCUUCAACGCUGUUAGAAGAGACAGACUCUACUAAAUUUCCAGAUUCAAUUAUGCCAGGGUCAGAGCUAAUGGGUUGUUUAGUACUUCAGGUAAUUUCCCAGGCACCGAGAUCUCAGGUUGGAAUUUGCACAUGUAGUUAAGAGCUUUGCCUUCCUGGAAGUGACACCGAGACCUACUCUUGCCCUUCUGCGUUUGUCACAGCUACUGCUUAUUGCAGAAGCCAUAAGAAAGCCUGGAAUGAAUGUGGCCAUAAUUGAGUUCAGGCAUUGCAGAGGGCAUGUGUGUGCUCUGCUCAUGUCUCAGUGACAUUGUGUGCUAGGAUUUGGUUGGAGUAUGUCUCAGCAAUCUCUUGCACAGAUGACAUAGCUGCUUGUUGUCUGGGAAGCAAUGCAAAGCUUUGUGCCCAGCCUUUAAUUAAAAACACAGCUGUAGAAGGGGCAGCCUCUGCUCCCAGCGGUCCUGCAGAGCUCCAGGGUCACCAUGUGGCACUGAUAGGGCAUGGCUGGGAGGGACAAAGAGGCUGACCUGUCCCAACAUUGUACCUCACACUAUUCAAACAAGGCAAGUCCUUGCCAGUGGGAGCAAUGGAAUGAUUUCAAGAUGAGCAUUGGAUCUGCAGCUGCUGGAGAUGGCCUGAGAAACACCUGGACAACGCACUGCCUCCAUGCCCAGCUCAGCCUGCCCACUACACUGCAUCCCAAAGCUCCAAAUCAGCCUUUGAAACUCCUCUCUGUAUGCUUUGAGGGUGUUUUUGUUGGGUAGGGGCUGCAGGUUGGCAUCCUGGCCGGAAGCCCCUAUUGCAGGGCCACAUGACUGCUUUGCCCCAUGCUCCGUGCAAGGGGCCCCUCCUCCUUCCUGUCCCCACUUCAGCGCCAUGGCAGUCUCCAGUUUCCCUCCAGAUGGAUACCUCAGUUGGAAGAGGAGGGAUAUCCUAUGCUUGUUAAGCAGGUGGGUGUUUCCCUGUUCUGAACUUUUUUAUCAGCCUUGGUGAGUUUCUGAGAAAUAAUCCAGAACGACCUGUGACCAGCGAGGACAAGCUUAGUCAACGGCACAAGACAGGCUUCUUUAAUUGCUCUGGUGUGAUGAUGACUUUCACAACAAUCGAGUUCUUUCUACAAGAAGCCAGGAAUUUCCACCAGCAAGUCCCUUAUCAGCGAAAACACCUCCUGAACUUUUGAACCAUUGAUCUGCAUCAUUCAUUACCCAAACAACAAUUACCCUCAAACAGUUUAUGACUGUUUGACAUAGGUUGUGACAACCCUUAAGGUCCUCCAAAUUUCCGUUCAGUGUCACUCUCUCCUGCACUAGCCACCCUGUUGACACCACAUUGACUGCAAAAAGCCUCUGGUGCUGCCGUGCUCCCCUUUGAACACUUUUGCAAGCUCCCUGGCUCAGAGCAAACACCUGCAGGUGCUUCUGUACACAGGGAGCUUGUGGACUUCCCAUUUUCAGGAUGUUGGGGCAUUUGUCUGAGCUAUAAGGCAACACCCACACACAUGUGGAGGACGUUGCAGAUGCAGAGCAGAGCUCUCAGGGAAGCCAGUGGUGUGUUGCCUUCGGUCCAAGUGAGCUCCAUGGAGGCUGAGCAAGGGCGGUGCCUUUGGCACCAUGCUCUGUCUGCUCAAGAGAAAGAAUCUACCCUAAGGUAGGUCUUUGCCCAGGGAAGGGAUGUACACCGCUCCCUGGUAUUGUUCCUCAGCUUUACGCUCAGUGCUGCAUACUUCCUGGCUCUUGUGUCAAAACAGAGGUGGUGUAAAUGGCACUGACAGAGUGCUUUGUGCAGAAAUGACUGUGCUCUGAUGAGAAUUGAGCCUAAAGCAGCCAAAGUCACCUCCAACAUUGUCCAGGAAAAGCCCCAGGUGGCCCAAAGCACUCCCAGGUGCCACUGCCAGGCAGGGGAAUAAGCUGCUGCUCAACAGUGUGACCUAAAUAACUGACAGUGGUGCAAGCAAAAAAGCAAAGUCAUUACUGGCAAAAGAAGCUGUGAAGAUGAUGACCAGGCUGAAAAUUGCUGAUGCUACUGGUAGGACUAUUUCAGCAUUUGUUUCUUUAAUGAACAAGGUCUUUUG